GAUGCCGCUGGUGUAGAUAACCAUCAAGUGUACGAAACGUCACAUGAUAAAAACGGGUGUGAGCGUUUUCUCUUAGUUCAACUACACGCGACGACGAAAUAAAGAGCAGCACAAUGAGGUACAUCUUGGGCACUACUUUUGCAGGCACUGCUUCUGCAACAAUUCUAAUAUUAGUAAUGUAUCAUUUAUUCACUGGAAAAGGAGAACGUGUUAGCAUUGCAUGGUUUUUGGAAAGUACAUCGCCAUAUAUGUGGGCAACUCUUGGUAUUGGACUUGCAGUUGCUUUGUCUGUAGUUGGUGCUGCAUUAGGCAUCCAUACAACAGGAGUUUCAAUUGUUGGAGGUGGUGUAAAAGCUCCAAGAAUUAAAACAAAAAACUUAAUUUCUGUAAUAUUUUGUGAAGCUGUUGCUAUUUAUGGCUUGAUCACUGCCAUUGUAUUAUCUGGAAUGUUAGAGGAAUUUAGUUAUGAAAAAGCUGCUGAAAUAGAAGAAAUUCGCAAUCAGAAUUGGCUGGCUGGCUAUUUAAUGUUUGGAGCUGGUUUAGCUGUUGGUCUGGUCAAUCUAUUUUGUGGUAUAACUGUUGGUAUUGUUGGUUCUGGUGCAGCUCUCUCUGAUGCAGCCAAUUCUGCUCUUUUUGUUAAAAUUCUCAUUGUGGAAAUCUUUGGCUCUGCCAUUGGACUUUUUGGAUUGAUUGUUGGAAUUUACAUGACAUCUAAAGUCAAAAUGGGAAGUGAGAAAGUGGCAAAUAAGAUAUAAAUUUAACAUAAACAGGAACAAUACAAAAAUAUCCAUAAAAUAUUUUUUGGAAUUACAUUUCAUUCCAUGUUUAGUGAUUAUUGGAAAAGAAAAAUAAAUAUAGAAGAGAAGUGCAGAAUAAUUUUUCUGCUUAAACUAAUCUAAAACAGUUUCUUUUUCGUAUAAGGUUGGUAUCUGGAUGCCAUUUGGAACAAAUGUAAUUUUGUUGCAAAUAGGCUUUAAUGAAAACAGUUGUUACAACUUAGCAAGCUGCAUAUAAGGAUUUCCGCGUAUCAACCAUGUGUAUAAUUAACUAUUUCUGGUAGUAUCAAACUUAUUACUGUAAUGUAGCCUCUUGUUUAUAGCAUUUUGAGUGCGUUAUAGCGCUCUCCUGCGAUCACAUCUAUUGUAUAUAUUUUUUUUAACAAAAAUAUUGAAAAUGUCGAAUACAAAGUUAUACUUACUCAUAUAU